AAAACUAAUAAUAAAUCAACUAGAUCUUGACCCGCGCUUCAAAAGCGCGGGUUUUCUUACAAUAAAAAGUUUAAUAAUGUUAGUGAUUUUUGUAUGUUAUUAUGUUACAAUAUUGAAUUAUAUCAAAACAUAGAAUUUUAUAAAAUUAUAUGAUUUAUGAAUUAAUUUAUUUAAAAUUUUGUAUGUAUAUUGUUAUGUAACUCUUUUUUAGGUCCAAACAUUUUGUUUGGUUCGAAUAAAAACCGAUCCGAAUCGGUUCAGAUCCAAGUGUACGGCAAAGUAUCUAUUGGAUAUAUUUCAGACUCGCAAUGUCGGUUUAGGUUUGGAUUCUACAGAGAUCUGAACCGGUACCCUGAGUAUCUAAAAUGUAUUGUGUAUAUUAAAUAUAUUUUUCUGUUUCAAAUAUGUCUUCGGUGUCACGAUUAUUCUUUUGUAUUUCAGAUUCGGUUUUCGGUUAAUGUUUUAGAUUUCAAAUAAAAUGUUAGAUUCUUAGAAACAUAUUUUGUGUAUAUGCAUAAAAUUUUGAAUAUAAUAAAAAAAAUUUUUAAAGUAUUGUCAUGUUUCUAUACAUUAUGUUUUACAUAAAAGUUUUACAUUUUGUAUAUAAAAAAAUUUGGUUCAUAUAAUAUGUUAAUAAAUGUUGUAAAUCAGUCUUUAUGUGGAGCGGAUAAAUGAUCAUCAUAGCUGACAAUAUAAACUAUAUCUAAACAUUAUCUUUCUUGUAUUUGAAAAUAAAUGCUAUUAUAAUUAUUUUCUGUUAAUAAGCACAAAAUCAGGUGGCAUAAUCUUUUAGUUUGGCACAAAUAUUAAAUAUAUUAUGUGGAGUUGAUUAAUUAAGGUUAUAUAAAUAUUCUAAUGAAAGAGUCCAACAACCUUUUAUAAGUAGAUUUUUAAAAACUGAUUCUCUUUUAAUAGUAUAGAUAGAUGAUUUAGCUAAAAACUAAUAAAACAUGAUAAAUAAACAAAAUUACUUAAAAUUAUGGAAAAUAUGAUCAAUCAGUAAAUUCAAUUCUCAAAUAAUAAUAUAGAUAAAAAAAAUAUUAGGUCUAAAUCAGAUAAUAUCUAAAAGGAGAGAGAUCUACGUGGCAAUCACUCGUUUGGGAAAGCGUACGAGGAACUCCAUACUAAUUUCUAGUAACCAACUAUGUUUGUUUUUAAAUUUAACAACGCGGGUAACACCAUAAAAGGAAACUUCCUCUCCAAUUGUUCAAGUCACCUUCCAUGCUAAGACCACAAAAACAACACGUCUAAAACGCGACGUGUCUUUCCUUCUAACUUGCGCCAAAAGUUAUCGCUGAAAGCUCCAAAGCAAAAUCUACUUACCGGUGCUAACGUACUAUCUCUCUAGCUGUCGCUUCUCAAUCAUCUUCUUCUUCUCUUUGUCCAACCAAUCAUUCCUAUUUAUACGUUUAUAAUAUAUUUAUAUUUUAAUUGCAUAAUAAAUCAUAAACCGCCAUACCAAAAAAAGAUAAAGACGUAUGUAUAUAAGAAACCAAAAGCUUGUCAAUCAUUCACCUGAAUCACAUCUGCCUUUGAGCUCCAUCGAAGAUGAUGAAAGUGAAGAGUUUUAUUGGUUCUAGAUUGAAGACUUACUCAGCAAGACAGGAAAAUUCUGAGAAGGAAUGUCGCCGUAGCUUGACGUGCAAGCUAAGUGUUAACGAGGAGUACCAGGAAGCUUUCAGGACAAACUCCUACUUAGAGAUUCGGACAAAAGCUGAAGAUCAAUUAGGCAUAACAUUCUCUAGCAAACUCUCUUCUCCUUCUCCGACGACUUCUCCUUCAUCCUCAUCAGAUCUGAGCUUCCAUUCACACUUCACCGAUUACUUGCUCGACCCUCCUCAAGAAACUCUCGAUGCUCUUAUGCAAGACACGAGUUUCCACUAUCUUUUAGCUAAGUUCUUUGACUUUAGCUCCGAUGCUUGUGAUGUAUGCGAGUCUCUCCUUCAAUGCAUCCAACAAAUCAAGAUCAAUCACAUGAAACUCAAAAGGGUUAUCAAGAUUGGGAAAAGGGUUUGCAAUGGUGCUAAAACCCCUGAAUGUUCCCGGGAGAAUCUCUGUGCUUUGAUAUUUCAAGAGCUCUCGAGAUACGCCUUGCUGAAAAACCCUUUGUAUUGUAUCAUCAACGAAACUCAGUUCCCCAGAGUUAAUGAUGCAAACCCGGAUUUGCUCGCUAGAUUGAAAUCGAAAAGGAGAAGAAUCAGAAGAAAAAUCAGCAUACUCGGUGUUCUAGCAGCUCCUGCUUUACUCGGUUUAUGCUGUCUUUUGAGGAAGAAGAAAACAAAAAGAAAGAUGAAGAAUAAGAGCAAGACUGAUACAAAGCUAGAGAACCUGGGGGCACAAAUGGAUAUAGCAGCUAAAGGAACGUUCAUAAUGAUGAAUGAUUUGGAUACGUUGAGUAGACUUGCUGGGAGAUUAUGCGAUGAGAUAGAGCAUAGAAAAGCCGUAGCUGCUAUGUGCGCAAAGAGUGGGAAGGUUGAAGUGUUAAAGGAAGCCUUGAGAGUGUUUAAUGGACAUGAAGAAAGAUUCUCAGAGCUAUUGCAAGAGCUUGAAGAACAUCUCUACCUAUGUUUCCACACUAUUAAUAUAUCAAGAAGAUUAGUGUUAGCGCAAACCACAGGACCAAGUUCUUGAUUAUUUGACUCUGUUGGUUCAUCAAAAUAAAUACUUCUUCAUGGUUUUAUGAAUUAAUUAUCAUAACAUAAUAAAAAUGUAAGAAUGUCUUUUAGUGUUUUUUUCUUGAUGAUUCUAGUGAAACAGAGUCAAAAGAAAAAAAAGUUUAGAGAAAAUUUACUGGUUCAAAAUAUAAGAUGUUUUGAUAUUUUUAAAAAUAAAUGUAGUUUUAUUGAAAAUUGUUUGAUUUAUAAUAAUUUUGUUUCAUUAUUUAUGAUUGAUUAACUCUUUAAAAAAUUAUAUUAUUAACAAUAUAAUUUUCAAAAUGUAAUUUUUUUUAGUUUUUUUUUUUAUUUUUCACCAAAACAUUUUACAUUAUCAAACCGAAAGAAAGAGUAUAUAAUAACAAAGCGGGCGGGUCGCUCCAAGAAAAAAGAACAGACUCAGAGCGCGACCACUGCCAAUAAUCUUUCGGACAGCGAAAUAUAGGUCUUUAAAACUGAACCCUGGAAGAAUAAGUCUGUCCGAAGGACCAAGAAGAAGGAACAACAUUGAGGAAGACUCUUGUAGCACCAUCGGUAGUGGUAAUGGAGAAAGAGAGAUAUUGCCCAUCGAGAUAAGCGUUUGAUUGCCAGUUAGCUCCCCAGUUACGAGACAUGGCUAACCAACCAGUCUUUGAUCCUUUAAUGGAGACAGAUUUAAUGGAGCCAGCUCCUCCAACGUUCGAUAUAUUCACUAGCUCGAAGUAAUCUCUUCCGUUUAUUCUAAAUCUCACUCCUCCUUUCUUGUAACAACUUACCCUGUCAAAACCAAAACCAAAAAAAACAAAAAAAACACAAGACUUUUUCAAAAAGCACCCCAAAACUUUCAAUUGUCUUUUUUUUAAUAACUUUCAACUGUCUUGUUUUAAAACACAUGACUGUUUUUCAAUAUUAAAAGCUUCAAAAGUAGAAUGUUCAAUCCUGAUAAACCGACUAUAGCCGAUCUAAACCGAAAUGAAGCAAAUAUUAAGGGUAUAAUUUGUUAACAUGACAAAAUUAGGGGUUUAAUUUUCACGUAAAACAACUAAGGUUUAAAAUAAUUAGAUGGAAAGUUAAUGGGUCCUUGUUAAUCCAACCUUUGGAAAACGACGGGAACAAUCCCACCUCUGUAAGAGCACCCGCAAUGGUGUUACCCAAAGGAAGUUUUUAGAAAAAGUGUAUUUUGAUUUUUUAAUUAUUAUUUUUUUUUCUUUUUUAAAUUAAAAAAUAAAAAUAAUAUCAACUAAUCGCGGAUCGACACAUGUCGUGGGGACCCGUAAAUAGUGCAAGGAUUCCCUAAGAAAGAGUCCUUAUUUAGAAAUUUUAAAGAUUAAAUCCUUAAUUUUUGAUAGGGUCCACUGAUUAUUUAAUUAUUUUUUUCUUAAGGAUUCUCCCUUAAGGAUUCCCAUUGCGAGUGCUCUAAAUGCCGAUCUUUUCCCAAGCGGGUUGUGCCAUGUCGAAAUGUUUUAGCGGUGGAUUGCCCCAACCACCGUUGUUGCUCGGUAGAGCGAAGUUUGGUGGGCAGAAGUUGGUUGCUGUAAUAACCACCGAAGUUCCUUUCUUACACCACCGCGAGUCCGAUGCGUAAUCACACGUUAUUUUAGCAUUCUCCGCAAGAAGCUCCGUUGUUGAACAGAGCCGUGCGUAAGGCCGCUGUCAUUAUACCAUACCCCGCCGAGUAGAGAUCUCCGUACCCACAAGCUCCGCCUGAAUAAACAAAAAUCAUCCGUUUUCAUCAAGAAACUGAUAAACCAUAUGGAAAUAUAUUUGUAUGUAGUUUAAAUUACCCAUUGUUCCAGACAGAGCCGUGCUUAGAGGCUUUUGGAAAAGGCAUUUGCCUAGGGCCCCCAAAUUUUGUAAAAAUUUUAAGGCCCCAAAUUACAAAACAAAAAACUUUUACAUGGUAGUUAACAUAUUCUCUUAGUUAGAUUUUUAUUUUCAUUUGAAUUUAAAUUGGACUUCUGUUUAAAGUAACUAGUUUUGUGAUCAUUUUUGCUAUAUUUUAAAUAAAACUAUAAAGAUUCUACUUCUAAAAAACUGUAAAUAUUUGAUCACAUUGGUUUUUUCUUUUAUAUGCUAUGAGUUAGAUUUAUUUUAUAUAUUUAUGAGAAUUUGAUAAAGAAAAUAUAAUAUUUUCAAUAUAUAGUUUAUUAUAGUUAAUUUAAAUGCUAAGAUUUACAUUUUUGACAGCUACCAACAUUUCAUUCAAAAAUUUAUAUCUUUGUAUUUAUAUUACAAAUUCAUACUUUUUGUUCAUGAUUUAAAAAUUUUAUUUUAUAAAAUUUUGGUGAAAAAAAAUUAGAAAUCAUUUAUAUAAUAAUUCAAAACUUUUGAGUGUUAUAUAUAUAUAUAUAUAUAUAUGUAUAUUAUUAAAAAUAUAUCAUGUAAAAUAUAUUUUUAAACUCGCCUUGGGCCUCCGAAAACCUUCGCACGGCACUGGUUCCAGAAGCGUCACUCCCUCCAUAGAAUGUGGCGUGACCAUUGGUUAAACCAGAGGGCCUAAACGCAAGAGCAUGAUUAACCAUGGAACCCCGUUAAGGGUUUUUAAUGAGUAUUUUAGUAAUAAAUGUAGAUUAAGAACUUUUGUUAAGAAAAGUUUAGUUUAAUUGCUCCAAUGAGUAAGUUUAGUCUAAAAAUUCCACUUAAGAGCUCCCGUUAAAGAUGGCCUAAGAGCUAUCAAAACCGCCAAUCCAGCUAGAGACUUUACUAGUUAAACAAAGUCUUCUGUCCCUAACCUUGUUUUUUUAAUGGUAAAAGUCUUUAACCUUGCUGGGUCCAUAUAACUACCAUCAAAGAGCCCCGGAAUCGAUUACUGAUUUUUGUCAUUAUUGAUAAGUUAACGAAACACACAACAAAGACCUGUAAAUUUAAAGGAGAAAACGAGAUUGUUUUACUAUAGUAAGAAAAUGAAACCUAGUUUGGCAAAGACAGACUAAUGCAUUAUGCAUGCCACGCAUCAAUAAUUUAACCCAUUGUUUAAUGGUCAUACACAUGUCUUGUCUUCAUUUUUUUCUGAUAUUUAAAGUGUUUAUUAAUUAGUAGUAAAAGGAUAAACGGGUACAUAAUUAUAUUAUUAUAUAUGAUAACAUUUUACAUGCUAAUGUUCUAAUUUUUCUUAACAUUUAGCGGUACAUUAGUUUAGUUAUGCUCUGGUUUCAAACCUACUGGUAAAAGUAAUCAAUCCUGAAGAUGCAAAAAUCUCCCAAACAACAAUUAAAUGAAAAGUCCGAUCUGCAAAAACAAGAGAGAAAGAGAAUAUUUCUCUCGAGGGUCUAUCCCCUAAUACCUUUAACCUAGCCGCCGCAACCUAAAACUCAACCACCACGGUGGCCGGACGCCUCUGCUCCAGUCGCCACCCCACCACUUCGUUCGUCUUUCUCAACAAUAAAAUGAAGUUGAAAAGAUUCCAAACUUUUGAAACCAACAAUAUUUUCUAGAGUUCAACCCAAAGUAAUUCAAACGAAUAAUAAUCAUCCGGAGGACAAUAAAAAUCCUCCAUAAAACAAAACAAACCAUAACCAAGAGGCUUUCUUUUUAUUUUUAUUUGUAUUCAUGAUAAAGAUUUACAAAAACAAGUCUUACCAUCCAAGUCGUUGUAGUAUAGUGGUAAGUAUUCCCGCCUGUCACGCGGGUGACCCGGGUUCGAUACCCGGCAACGGCGUAUUAGUUUUUACGUGACUAUUUUACGUACGGGCCCCAUAGUUUUGUUGAACCUGUGGGUCUUCCUCACGAAGUCGAAGCCCCAAUCAGCACAUCAUUGAGGCCGAAGAGAUUUUUCUUAUCAUGUUCAAUGAUGAUGUGUUGAGAAUGAAAAGUAUGAUAGUGAUGAGCAUUGAAGAAGGCUUGUAACUUGAAGACUCCAUCAAGUUUUGUUCGAGUGAGUCAAACAGAUACCAUGAAUCCAAAUUUCCAAUUAACUCAAAAAAGAGAGACAAAACUGGAAAAAUAGUCUGGAAACUUGGGAAAUCUCAAAGGCAACAUCCAUGAAACAAAUGAACAUAUUAUAUAACCUAAAGGCAAAAAUCAAAGAGAGAAAUUAUGCUACGGCAACAUCUUGUCUUUUUAAU